AUGGCACCAUCAAGCGGGUUGUUCGAAAUGGAAAUGAUACAAAGUGCUUCUCCACGUCGACUGGAAUGUUUGGUGGAUCCUCAAUGGGAAUUAAUAGAUCCGACACCGGAUAUUCAUGCGCUUUUCCUGCAAUUUAAUGACACUUUCUUCCAAGGUACCCUAGCUGGUUGUGAGGUUCGAUGGAGCCCUCGUAUGACACUAUGUGCGGGUUUGUGUUCGUAUGAGGGUCGAGGUGGCCUAUGCUCAAUUCGACUUAGCAAACCAUUGCUGAGUCUAAGGCCGAGAAAAGAUCUAGUUGAAACGUUGCUUCAUGAAAUGAUUCAUGCAUACCUGUUCGUUACGGUCAGGAACAGAGAUCGUGACGGUCAUGGUGAAUCGUUUCAAUUUCAUAUGCGUCGUAUAAAUGCUAGAGCUGGUACACAUAUCACCAUUUAUCAUUCGUUUCACGCUGAAGUAAGGAACUAUCAUCAACACUGGUGGAGAUGCGAAGGAGUGUGUCGCAAACGACCACCGUUCUUCGGUUUUGUGAAACGUGCAAUGAAUCGGGCACCAGGCCCGUCUGACUAUUGGUGGAGCCGACAUCAAGCCAGUUGUGGAGGUAAAUUCGUGAAAGUCAAAGAGCCAGAAGGUUAUACGAACGGUAAAAAGAAAUCAUUGGAAGGAAGCAAACGAAAAAUUGAAACCGCUGAAACUGACAAUACUGAUUCAAAGAUGAAACGUUCCAAAUCCGAAUCUCCGUCAAAACCCACUCAAAAUCAGUCACAAAUAACAAAUUUCUUCCCGUUCUCAGGGACAGGACAAAAAGCGGAAAGCAGUAAAAAUCAAUGUGAUAAGUCACAAAACAGUCCACCUAAAAAUACCAAA